CUAAAAAAUAAUUCUCUCUAUGCCGCUCUGAAAGCGAACAUUGUGAAAGUAGUAAAUACCCCACACGCGAGAGACCUGUUGGAUUUACAACAGCAGAAACGAGAAAACCCAACCAAACAAAAAGGAUAACAGAAGGAACUUCUCUGGAACUUGUCUUUGGGUGUAACUUUUGCCCUCAGACCGGUAGUUGAGUCUCACAUCGGGGCCUCGGGAAACGAUGACUGGUGAGGAAUGAACACGACUUCUCGCGCGACUGACGUUACCUCAGAAAAAUAAGCGUAUCGGUUGAGCGGUUGCUGAAUUAAAAGGAGGAGUUUCGACUCUAUGACCAGGAAUAAUGCUUGUGGAGUGUAUAAAAGUGUCGGAGUUUGAGGGAAGCUAACAGGCUAUUCAGCCACACCCUCCCGCCGCUUCCUGAUACGCAAGAUGUAGCGGGAGACUACAACCGACGCGCGAGAGUCUCAAUCGCGAACUAAGUUCGUUAAAACCGCAUUAAAACAUUACGUUAAAACGAUGGCAAGCAAAAGCGAAACUAUCUGCCACUGGACUACCGUUGCUUUUCUGCUGGAGAGGGCGUAUGGACAAUAGAUAUGCAUAAGGAACUGAGUUUUCCCACAGAACUUGGAUUGUGUAUGAAAAAGAAACGGCUGAAAGUCGUUCGGGAACGUUUUAUGAGUUUUCGAGGUGUCGUGGGAUGAUGGUGCAGUGGCGGCGGGGCGCGCGCGCGUCUCGCGCUUCGGACGGAGGGUCAGCAAGACGGUCAUUACAUCAUCAUCAUCAUCAGCAUCAUCAUCGUGUAUUUAAAUGCAUUUAAUUUGCAUGACACGAACCUGAAAUGACAGAUUUUGGAAGUCAACCUGCACUUUGCCUUCAUCUGGGCAUCUUCAUGGCACUGCAGUAAAGAUUUUUUAUUUUUUGGUUUGUUGGAGCAACAACCUGUGAAACUGAUCAGACUGUAGCCUACCUUAACAGAGGUAGUUGUGAAUUGCAUUUUGAUUUUUUUCUCUUCGUUAUGCACACCUAAAAUCUGAUUAUUUAAACAUUGGGCAAUUCAGAGUGUUUCAAUUGAAGGGAUAUUUAAUUAUAGCUCUCAUCAGCUUAUUUCGCCCGCAUUUUAUAUUAUUAUAAGAAUAUUUUUCUAAAAUACUUCUCGCAAGCGCAUUGAGUGAUCAUUUUGAGUUAUCCUGUGUGUGUUUUUCUUCUGAAGGACAUUAUAGACUCUUUGGCCAGUUUUCACUCUCCUUGAGAAGGUGUGGAAAUCUUUUUUUUUUUUACUGAAGAAAAUGACAUAAAUCACAGAACGUGUGUCGCGAUCUUUAUUUUGAACAUUAGAGCGACCACACUACUAUGGCUAGUAGUGGCUCUGGAAAAUCAGAUAGCGAGGUUUCUACCAGCAUCCUUAGCGGCAGCUUGCAACAAAGGAAAAGACUUUCAUCCAUCUGUGACGCAUGCAAGAGCAAAAUGCAGCUGGUGGCGGACCUGCUCCUGCUGUCCAGCGAGACCAGGCCGGUGGUGAACUCCGACGGCGUGGCCAUCGCGGAGACGUUCGAGAAGUGUCGCGACACCUUGAUCGCGCGGACUAAGGAGUUGUCUAUUAUUGUUCAUGACAUUCAGAGCCAGCUCAACAUGGGGAAGUUUGUGGAGGUGGGGGACCGACUGGUGGAGAUGGGGGACCUGGUGGUCUCGCUGACCGAGUAUUCGGCGCACGCCGCGUACUUGGCGGCCGUGGAGAUCCCGGGCUCGCAGGCCGCCGUUCCCGGCCUGGUGGACCGCUACAAAGUCACCCGCUGCCGGCACGAAGUGGAGCAGACGUGCAACAUCCUCCGCCUGACGGCUCUGGCCGACCUGACGCCGCAGCUCCUUCUGGAGGUGUCGCAGAACAUCCUGAAGAACCUCACCACGCUCACGGACGCCUCCUCUCUGGCCAGUGAUAAAUCCAAGGACAAGUUCGCCAAGGAGCAGUUCAAAGCUAGCGUCAAAUGCAUGAGCACGAGCGCCACGGCUCUGCUGGCGUGCGUGCGCGAGCUAAAGUCCUGCCCCAGCGAGCUGACGCGCAACCGUUGCGUCCUCUUCAGCGGCCCGCUCGUGCAGGCCGUGCACGCCUUGGUGGGUUUCGCAACAGAGCCGCAGUUCCUCGGCAAAGCCGCCACCAUCACCCCCGAGGGCAAGGGGGUGCAGACGGCUGUUCUGGGCGGCGCCAUGAGCGUGGUGUCGGCCUGCGUGCUCCUGACCCAGGGCCUCAGGGAUAUCUCCCAGCAUCCCGAGAGCAGCUCGCAGAUGCCCGUCUACCGGGAGCGGCUGCGCAACUCCGCGUGCGCCGUCUCGGACGGAUGCACACUCCUGUCUCAGGCACUAAGGGAACGAUCCUCACCUAGAACUUUACCGCCAGUUAACUCUCAUUCUGUGAAUUAAAACUCCUCCCCGGCACGUUAUUUUUGAAGUACCAAAGAAUCUAAUCAGGUUUAACCCUGCAUAGUAUGCCUUAGGGCUGGGCGAUACAAUGAAUAUUUGCAAUAUUAUCUUUUAACCCCUGAAACCUGAAGUUCACCGCCGGCAGGACACACCACCCCGCGAAAAAAGUUUAAGAUUCCUGAGUAAUCCCUUUAAAACUGAGUGUUUAACCCUGCAUAGUAUGAGUUAGGGCUGGGCGAUACAAUUAAUAUUUGCAAUAUUAUCUUUUAACCCCUUAAGCCCCAAGCGCACCACCGGCAGGACACACCACCCCGUGAAAAAAACGAACGAUUCCUGAGUAAUCCCUUUAAAACUGAAUGUUUAAUCCUGCAUAGUAUGAAUUAGGGCUGAGCGAUACAAUUAAUAUUUGCAAUAUUAUCUUUUAACCCCUUAAGCCCCAAGUGCAUCGCCGGCAGGACACACCAAAAAAUUCUAUUCCAUUCCAUCUAAAACUGAGUGUUUAACCCUGCAUAGUAUGGGGUUAAAACAUUGAAUAUUUGAAACUCAGCUUUUAAAUGAACUCUUAACAAGUGGCAAGUAAUCCCUCUAAAAUGGAGUAUUUAACCCUGCAUAGUAUGCCUUAGGGCUAGGCGAUACAUUGAAUAUUGACAAUAUAAUCUCUUAACCCCUGAAACCUGAAGUGUACCGCUGACAGGACACACCUCCCCGCAAAAAAAAAAAAAAAAAAAAAAAAUGAACGAUUCCUGAGUAAUCCCUUUUAAGCUGAGUGUUUAACCCUGCAUAGUAUGAGUUAGGGCUGCAAUGAAUAUUUGCAAUAUUAUUUUUUAACCCCUUAAGCCCCAAGUGCACUGCCGGCAAUUAACAAUUAACAAUUGUUGAGUAAUCCAUCUAAAACGGAGUGUUUAACCCUGCAUAGUAUGGGGUUAAAACAUUGAAUGUUUGCAAUAUUUUAACCCCUUAACCCAAACUGUACCACCGGCAGGACACACCUCCCCGCAAAAACAACAUCAUCAAACUACUAAGUAACCACUAAACAUAAUAACACAAAAUAGGUAUCGUUUUAAAGCUUAGAAAUUCAGCUUUUAAACGAACUCUUAACAAGUGGCAAGUAAUCCCUCUAAAAUGGAGUAUUUAACCCUGCAUUGUAUGAGUUAGUGGGGAAUCCGCUCAAUACUGCUCAAAAUGCUAGAGUUUUCAUUCAGCACGAUCACAUAUUGUGUACAUGCUCUUGAAUCCUUUUAUUAUGACUAAACACGAUGCAAAUAAGAGGUUCAUAUAAAUAAGAUAAGUUAAUGAAUAAACUAGUGUUGAUUUUGUGUUAAACAAUAUGUAUGUAUUUUGUGACUAACCAUUCUAUCCAGAUGUCUUUUUCAUGGGGGACCAACAAUUUUUUUUUUUUUUUUUUUGGGAAAAUUUUGAAAAAAUAUCAAGAUUUUGAGCAAUAUCGCCCAGCCCUAAGAUGAGUAAAUAUAGUGUUUAUCCAUCUAAAUUAACUUUUAAUGGCAGUCGGCUUUACUCAAGGUCACAUUAUUGGUUUUUCUCAUACUGGAUGUGAUUUGUGGGGGGAAAAAAGUAGCUUUUACUAAAAAACUGACAACUUUUCAGCAAUGUCUCUGUCGGUUGAGAAUAUGGCCAAAAGUGGUCGUUAUACAACAGAAGCCUUAAAAUGAAACUGAAAGUCUUUACCUCAGUGUUGAGCUGAAUGGAUGUCAUUUGAGACCUGUAGAAAUCAUCAGCAUCAUGUUGUUCGUAUUCCAUGUGUGAAUUUGUAAUGAGUUAAAGCUGCUGUGAGUGUGUGCCAUAGGUUUUACACUAUUUACAAGACUUACAAUUAUAUUUUAAUGUGCUGUUUUUUUCCCUUGCCCACCCCCUCAUUUUUUAUCAUGCAUGUACUGGAGUAUUUAUUUCAAGUAAUUAAAAAUGUUGUUUCUCAUAACUGUUAUUGUGUGACAUCUCAGUCUAAAGAUUAAAAUACUUGAUUAUGAGCAAUUGAAUGAUGCA